GAGAGAAAGAGAGAGAGAGAGCAAUGGCAGGUCAAAGGAGAGACAUCUUAUUCAUCAUAUUCAUAUCUUUGGUUGGUAUCACCAUUGAUGCUGCAAAAGAACAAGAGCUGGAUCGAAUAUGGGCGCUUCCUGGCCAGCCACAGGUAGAAUUUUUGCAGUACUCUGGCUAUGUCACAGUGGAUCCGGUAAGAGGCCGAGCUCUCUUUUACUGGUUGACAGAGGCCACCGCUGAACCUGAAAAGAAGCCUCUUGUGCUUUGGCUCAAUGGAGGUCCUGGUUGUUCAUCAAUUGCAUAUGGUGCAUCUGAGGAAAUCGGCCCAUUUAGGAUCAACAAAGAUGGAUCGUCUCUUUAUCUGAACGAGUACUCUUGGAAUAAAGAGGCAAAUAUUCUCUUUCUUGAAUCACCUGUUGGUGUGGGCUUCUCAUAUACCAAUACAAGCUCAGAUCUUAAACAUUCCGGAGACAGACGCACUGCUCGGGAAGCUUUUGUGUUCAUGGUAAGAUGGAUGGAAAGAUUUCCUCAGUACAAGUAUAGAGAUUUCUAUAUUGCUGGGGAGAGCUAUGCAGGACAUUAUGUCCCUCAGUUGGCAAAGAAAAUAUACGACUACAACAAAAAUUUAUCCAAGCCCUUCAUCAACCUUAAGGGAUUUAUUGUUGGGAAUGGCGUAACAGAUAGCUACUACGACAGCAUUGGAACGGUGGCAUACUGGUGGAGCCACUCAAUGAUAUCGGACGAAAGCUAUCAUUCUAUUCUAUCUAAAUGCAACUUUACAGCAACAAAGUACUCCUCGAAGUGCGGAAAGGCCAUUGAUUAUGCAAUGAAUCAUGAGUUUGGUGAUAUAGAUCAGUACAGCAUCUACACACCCAUUUGUAAAGCAGCUAAUAAGAAUACCACAAGACCAAUCAGGCUCAAGAACAGCCUCCUACAUCGGCGUGUGUAUGGAUAUGAUCCUUGUACAGAGAACUACGCAGAGAAAUACUAUAACAGGCCUGAUGUACAGAAGGCCAUGCAAGCCAACACUACUGGCAUUCCCUAUAAGUGGACUGCUUGCAGUGAUUUGUUAUUUAAGAAGUGGAAGGAUUCUCAGUUUUCCAUGCUACCCACUUACAAAGAGCUGAUUGAAGGUGGCCUCAGGAUAUGGGUUUUCAGCGGUGAUACAGAUUCAGUAGUUCCAGUUACUGCCACUAAGUUCUCCCUGAACCAUCUGAACCUCACUGUAAAGACCCGGUGGUAUCCAUGGUACUCAGGUGGCCAGGUAGGAGGAUGGACCGAGGUCUAUCAAGGACUGACCUUUGCAACAGUUCGAGGGGCUGGCCAUGAGGUUCCACUGUUUCAGCCUGAUCGGGCAUUCACACUCUUCCGUUCAUUCCUAGCCGGCAAAAAAUUACCAAAAUCUUAGGUCCUCGUCAAUCAAAGCGAAUGGGGACUAAUAAAUAAUUCAUAGGCUGAUUCGUUACCUUGGAGGCGGUUGAAUUGGUAUUGAGCCGCUUUCGAAUAUUCAGUUCAGGACGCCCAUAAAAUUCAUGGGCGGGCAUUAGAGUCUGAUUUAUCAUUCAUUUAAGUUAUUUUCAGUAUCAAAUGUUGGGGAAAAAAAAAACAAAUUUUCAAUCCUAUAGAAAGUCUAAUCAAUUCAGCCAAAAAUAGAUUACACAGUACACUAUUUAAUUAUGAAAUAGAUGCUCAUAUAUAUUUGAAGAUCACUUUAACAGAGCAAUACCAAAAUCUCUGGCUUUUGUUU